GCGCCGCUGGCCGGGGGCGCGGCGGGAGGUGGCGGUCCCCGCGCGGCAAGGCUCUCCUCGCGGGGGCACCCCGGACCUGCCCUGGAGUCCGUGUAAUGUUCAGGGUCAGAAAUGCCUUAUGUGGAUCGUCAGAAUCGCAUUUGUGGUUUCCUAGAUAUUGAAGAAAAUGAGAACAGUGGGAAGUUUCUGCGGCGGUACUUCAUUCUGGACACACGAGAAGAUAGUCUGGUGUGGUACAUGGAUAACCCACAGAAUCUUCCCUCUGGAUCUCCACCUGUUGGAGUCAUUAAACUUACUUAUAUUUCAAAGGUUAGCGAUGCAACUAAGCUAAGACCAAAGGCAGAAUUCUGUUUUGUUAUGAAUGCAGGGAUGAGAAAAUAUUUUCUACAAGCCAAUGAUCAGCAAGACCUAGUGGAAUGGGUAAAUGUUCUGAACAAAGCUACCAAAAUCACAGUACCAAAGCAACCUGAUCCUCUCUGUCAAAUGGAUAAUGCUAAUCGUCAAGCUGAAAGUCCAGGUACCAAGAAGCAAGUGUCUUACAGGACAGAAAUUGUUGGUGGUGUUCCUAUAAUUACGCCUACCCAGAAAGAAGAAGUCAAUGAGUGCAGUGAAGGGGGUGAUAGGAAUUAUUUGAAACGGUCGCAAAGUCACCUUCCUUAUUUUACUGCUAAACAUUCCCCAGAUAAUGCUAUUAUCAAAGCUGGCUACUGUGUUAAGCAAGGAGCAGUGAUGAAGAACUGGAAGAGAAGAUACUUUCAGUUAGAUGAAAACACAAUAGGCUAUUUCAAGUCUGAACUGGAGAAGGAACCUCUCAGAGUUAUACCACUUAAAGAGGUCCAUAAAGUUCAGGAAUGUAAACAAAGUGAUAUAAUGAUGAGAGACAAUCUCUUUGAAAUUGUAACAACUUCUCGAACCUUUUACGUACAGGCGGACAGUCCAGAAGACAUGCACAGUUGGAUAAAAGCAAUCUCUGGGGCCAUUGUAGCACAGCGAGGACCUGGAAGAUCAGCAGCUUCUGUUACUCUAAUCUUAGCUUUGCACUGUGUUCCAGAUGCGGCAGGCCAGAAGGCUGUCGAAUCCUUGUAUACAGAGGAGCAUUCCGAGUCUUCUUCAGAAUCCAACCAUGCUUUCCGUUCUGCCACCCCAGCCGCAGCCGCCCCAUAUUCCACAGCCUCUCACAGCAGCCCUUUGGUCACAAACCUUAACUCCAAAUACCCUGCCUUGGAGAAGCGAGGAUUUCACGAAUCUUUUACCAAGGCCAAGCCAGGGAACUACAAGAUCCAGGUUGUCACUCCAAGAGAAUCAGCUUCCAAAGUGACUGAACAGCGCUUGUUGGAACCCCAAAGUAAAAAUGGCACUCAGGAACAGGAUCCUGGCCUUGUGGAUCUGGAUGAUGCAAGCCUUCCAGUUAGUGAUGUGUAAGAAUGGAAGUGUUUGGAGAAUGAUCCAUUUGUUCGGUCCUCUAAUUUCCUUGUUCAGACAUUUAACCAAAGAAAAUUACAGGAAAAAGAACAAAGAAAACGGAACACUGAUUUUUAUAUAUAUGUGUAUGUGUGUAUGUACACACGUGUAUGUGUAUGUAUGUGUGUAUGUGUGUAAUGUUUGUAUAUUGCCUUUCCAGCUAAGGGUCAAAAGUGGACCUUCCACGUUUUCUCAAAGCCUGAUAGUAAAUCACUUACUAGGGAGGGGCCAAACUGCAUGAUCUAAAAGAAGAAAGCAAAGACAAAAAAGGAAGAAGUACUUCUACAAAUAAGUAAGGUAUUAGCAACUGUUUAUCUCUAAUUUGACAAACUAAAUUUAAAAUUAUUCCUAUAUCGUGGAAAAUUUAUUGCUAACAUAUGUUGUUCUUUUCAUUAUGAACUACAGUAAGGUUUUAAGCAUUUAGGAGAAUUGUUUCUCUCCAUGAUUUUCAGAUGCCAGGAAAUGGAUAAAAGUUUCUUCUGUUCUUUAGGAUCAACAGUGUCAAAUGAAUUGUUAUCAGAACGAGAAUUCUGAACUCCCUUGGAAUUCUAAGUAUAUGGUGCUGUAAAAUUUCCACUAAAAUAUUUUGAAUAGCAGCCUAUUUUUGAAGCACUCCUGAUGGUGGUUUAUGACUUUUUGCACAUUUAGAUUUUAAUGGACUGCAUGUAAUGGUGUUUUGGAGGGGAGAGGAGAGAAAUUGGGCAUUUGAAUUUGGACACUUUAGAUCUUUUGAACAAAAUAGGGUUUAUAUUGUGUUACAUUAGGCUUUGCAGCAAUUAUUUUUAUGAAAUGUCUAAGCAUAUCAUUUGAUUACUGUUUUGAGAUUCAUUUUCUUACAGUGCUUUGUGAGCAGUUCUUGUUUCUAUAUGUGAUCAGUGGAAGACCUUCUUGUUUUCUUUGUCUUUAUUGGUACUGAACUGUUUGUAGUCAUGCAAUUGUGGCCUAUAACUUCUUGUGCACUAAUAAUCUUAAGUGCCUGUUUUCUUCUUGCAUUGUUGAAACACUUGCAGACUAGGUAUGUACACAAACCAUUCUUCAUGUUUUUGAACAGUUGGUUGGAGUUGUCCUGAAUAGCAUAGUUCAAAACAGCUAUUUAAAAUAGAAAACUUAUGCUAGGGGUACCAGUGUUCUGGUAUUGCAUCUACUAGCUGUGCAAUAUGUUUCUGAAAAAAAAUGAGUAUUUUUUUGUUUGUAUACAGUGUCUUAUGGGGCUUCAGUGAUGAAAGCAAAUGAAAAGAACCUUUACAUUUCAAGCAUUGGAUUAAAUGGAGUGUGUACUUUUCAUAGUUCAUGAAAAAUGUUUGCUUUAAUCAAAACCCCACAGAUGUCUCAUGCUGCUGCUUAUUGUGAUUCAGAUUGUCCAGCUUUGACAUAUUUUUCAUCUAAUGAAACUUAAGUUACAUAUCAUACAAGUUCAUCUUCUCUCCAACUUCCAGACUGACUUUUUUUCUUGAGAGAUAUGGAUGGCUUUACCAUAAUAACUUGUUGAUCCAAGGGUAGAAUAAUUGCUGUCAUAUAAGAAAAUCUUAAGUUCUGUCAGCACCUUCAAUAUUUUUAUCCAUAAGCUAACCACUGUCAUAAGGCAGUGGCAUUUGUAAAUUACUGUUUUUGUUUGACUCUUUAGCUACAUGUGAAAACUAGCACAGAAUUGGAAGUUACUGUAAAUGUCUGAACUUGUAAGUUUUAACUUCUAUUAAAAACAUGACAAUAGCUCUUUUAAGGCUUAUUUUUUCACAAGUACAUUCUGUGCAGAAGACACUUUGCAUUGAAAUAUUUUUACUGUAGUCUAAUGUUUGAAAUCACUUGCUCUGGUACAGCUUUCACACUGCAUGUUCAUUUUAUUGUAUUUUGGUAUUGGCAAUUUUACACAUUCGGUGGAGGUAAAGCAGCUCCAUUAUGGGACUCCUUAAAAGACGAGGAGGAGAAAAAACAAAAAAACCCUACUUUUGUAGUUUGGUAGCAUAGGGAAAUAUUUGUGAUUGGUAAUUGUCAGGGUCUCCUAUUUAUCAGUACUUUUAUAAAUCUAUGAAAAUUGUUAAAUUAUUUUAGAAUGAGUGCUGUAAAUAUGUCACAUUUAAAUUGUCAAUAAAUCAGUUUGGGUAACUUAAAA